GCGCUCGGGUCGACCGGCUCGAUGGGGAAAGCGGCCGCUCUGUGCCGAGGCGGCGGCGCCGGCGGCCGCUCCCGCGGGCUCGCGUCGCUCUUCACCGUGGUCCCCUGCCUGUCGUGCCACACGGCGGCGCCGAGCAUGAGCGCCUCCGCGCCCGGCCCGGGCCCCGAGCCCAAGCCCCCGCCGCGGCCGCCGGCCGAGCCCGAGGCGCCGUCCGAGCCGCCCGCCGCGCCGCCGCGCUCCGAGGCCGGGUCCGCGUCCGCCGGGGGCUCGGCGCCGCCGCUGGCCCUGGGCGCGGGCGUCGAGCCGCCGUCGGCGUCGGCGCCGGCGGCGGCGGCGGCCGGGAGCGUCGUGCACUGGACGAGGCCGGAGGGCAAGCCCCCGCGAUCGGGGCCCCGGGCGUCUCUGGAGGGGCCCGCCGCGGGCACCGGCGUGCCCGGCGCCGGCCCCGCGUUCCCGCUGCCGCUGGACAGCUUCAGGGGCUGGCUCCUCAAGUGGACCAACUACCUGAAGGGCUACCAGCGCCGCUGGUUCGUGCUCAGCAACGGCUUGCUCUCCUAUUACAGAAAUCGGGGGGAAAUGGCCCACACCUGCCGUGGCACCAUCGUCAUGUCCGCUGCCCACUUUGACACGGAGGACUCUUGCGGUAUCAUGCUGACCAGUGGGGCCAGGACCUACCACCUCAAGGCCAGCACGGAGGAGGAGCGGCAGCAGUGGAUGACCAGCCUGAAGCUGGCCAAGGCCAAGGCCGUGCGCAUGAUGAGCAGUCACUCAGAUGACUCUGGCGACGACGAGGAGGCCUCCUCGCCCGCGGACAAGAGCGAGCUCCAGCACACCCUCCGGAACCUCUCCCUGAAGCUCGAGGACCUGAGCACGUGCAGCGAGCUCAUCGGCAAGCAUGGCGCGGCGCUGCAGCGCUCGCUGAACGAGCUCGACGGCCUCAAGGUCCCGCAGGACAGCAGCGAGAAGCUGAAGGUGGUGAACGAGCGGGCCACGCUCUUCCGCAUCACCUCCAAUGCUAUGAUCAAUGCCUGCAGGGACUUUCUGGAGCUGGCAGAGACUCACAGCCGGAGAUGGCAGCGCGCACUGCAGUAUGAGCAGGAGCAGCGGGUGCACCUGGAGGAGACCAUCGAGCAGCUGGCCAAGCAGCACAACAGCCUAGAGCGCGCCUUCCGCAGCGCCCCCGGCCUGGCCGCUAACCCCAACAAGAGCUUCAGCAAGGGAAGUCUCUUAACUUCCAAAGGAGAGGACAGUGAGGAAGAUGAAGAUACCGAGUACUUCGACGCCAUGGAAGACGCCACAUCCUUCAUCACCGUGAUCACCGAGGCCAAGGACGACAGAAAAGCUGAGGGUGAGACAGAGACAGAUCCAGAUGACUGGAGCUCAUCAGACAAUGUGCUGGAUGGUGCCUCGCUUGUGCCCAAGCCCCGUCCCAAAGUCAAGAGACGCGUCAGCAUCCCCGACAAACCCAACUACAGCCUCAACCUCUGGAGCAUCAUGAAGAACUGCAUUGGCCGGGAGCUCUCCAAGAUCCCCAUGCCGGUCAACUUUAACGAGCCCCUGUCCAUGCUCCAGCGGCUGACCGAGGACCUGGAGUACCACGACCUGCUGGACAAGGCGGUGCACUGCACCAGCUCCAUGGAGCAGAUGUGCCUGGUGGCCGCCUUCUCUGUGUCCUCCUACUCCACCACUGUGCACCGCAUCGCCAAGCCCUUCAACCCCAUGCUCGGGGAGACCUACGAGCUGGACCGGCUGGAGGACAUGGGCCUGCGCUCCCUGUGCGAGCAGGUGAGCCACCACCCGCCCUCGGCCGCGCACUACGUGUUCUCGAGGCACGGCUGGUCCCUCUGGCAGGAGAUCACCAUCGCCAGCAAGUUCCGGGGGAAAUACCUCUCCAUCAUGCCUCUGGGUGCCAUCCACUUAGAGUUCAAGGGCAGCGGGAAUCACUAUGUGUGGAGGAAGAGCACCUCGACGGUGCAUAACAUCAUCGUGGGCAAGCUCUGGAUCGACCAGACAGGGGAUGUGGAGAUUGUGAACCACAAGACCAAGGACCGAUGCCAGCUCAAGUUCCUGCCCUACAGCUACUUCUCCAAAGAGGUUGCCCGGAAGGUGUCAGGCGUGGUGAGCGACGGCCACGGCAAGGCCCACUAUGUACUGUCCGGCUCGUGGGACGAGCAGAUGGAGUGCGCCAAGAUCGUGCAGAGCAGCGCCAGCAGCACCACCGUGGAGGGGAGGCAGAAGACGGUGUACCAGACGCUGCCUGCCAAGCUGCUGUGGAAGAAAUACCCGCUGCCGGAGAACGCGGAGAACAUGUACUACUUCUCGGAGCUGGCGCUGACGCUCAAUGAGCAGGAGGAGGGCGUGGCGCCCACCGACAGCCGCCUGCGGCCCGACCAGCGGCUGAUGGAGAGGGGGCACUGGGACCAGGCCAACAUGGAGAAGCAGCGGCUGGAGGAGAAGCAGCGCAUCUCGCGGCGUCGGCGGCUCGAGUCCUGCUCCCAAGGCUGCGGCUCCGAGGAAGCAGAAAAGGAGACGGAUCUGUACACGCCGCUGUGGUUCGAGAGGAAGCUGGACCCGCUGACCGGAGAGAUGGCCUUCAUGUACAAAGGUGGCUACUGGGAGGCCAAGGAGAGGCAGGACUGGCACAUGUGCCCCAACAUCUUCUGAGCACCGCCCCUUCCUGCAAAUAGAGGUGCCUGCACAGCCUGGUCCACCUUUUCUUGAACGCACCACUUGAGUACUCCCUACCCGCCCCUCCCACCCUCACUCACACACACACACACAACUUUCCCCCUUCCGUUAUUGUUGUUAUUGUUUUUUAAGGACUUUUGAGGGGUUCCCACUGGGAAGGAAGAUGUGCCGAGGCUGGGUUUGCUCCGGCCUCCGAACCCCGUCAGGUACGGACUUGGGCCUCCUCUAGAGCCCAGCUUCCAGAAUGCAGGCCUGCAGGCCUGGGCCCCGGACUGCCCCUGUCACCUCCCCGCCCCAGGGGAAAAGCAGCCCCUCCUUGGGAGCCACGUUUGACUUUUUUAGGAGAACAAUCCCCGUUUCUUUCCAGCCAAGACGUUUAGUAAAUAUUUUUAGUACAGCACUUAGCAGACAACUUUCUAAGUGUGCUCUCUUGCCACGCGUGUGUCCUGGCAAGAGCCCUUUCUUUUUAAGACACGAGGAAUCCAGCCAGAACCCAAGGUGGGCGCCAUUCUCCAGCUUAAGGCAGCGAGCCCCGCCCCUCUUUGUAGCUGCCCACUCCCGAGGACCCGGGGACCCCUCAGAAAGGGACAGGCGGGCCUGCCCUGGCCCAGGAGAGCACAAGCCAGUCAUCUCUGACGCUAUUGCCCCACCCACUGUUGACAAGUGGGGGACAGCUGAGGGGCCCCCAGGCGGAGUGGAGGGCAGUAGCCCCUUGCCUUGAUUUGGCCAGGCAGGCCCUGUUUCCCAGACCCAAAGAGAACAGGGUUUGGGGCCGAACCUGCAGGUGCUCCCUUCUCCAGAACCAGGCCCCAAAUCAGCAAUAAUGAACAAAUUCUGGACUCCGCCAGGGCGGACCCAGAGGCUGUGUCCGUAUCCGGGCCUCGGCGGCUCUGGGACGCCCCAUACCACACCCUCUGAAUUCUUAUUUGCCUGAUUUAUAUAUAUAUGACAUAUAAAUAUAUAUAAAAAUAGCUAUUUUGCUUAAAUUUCUAUGGUAUGUGGAGUGAAAAAAAAAUUAUGAAGACAGGGCACGCCUGUCUGAGUUUGGCCCUCCUGUCAGCUGUGCCCUCUGCUUUUGACCCUCUUCCAGUGGCAUCUGCCACCAGUGAGGGGGCUGGGCCAUCGCGGCCACUGUCCCGGCCCCUCAAAACUCCCACUCCGAACCUUUCUGCUUCACUCUCGUCCUGAAAACUCACAGGGUUUUUCUUUCUACUCCAGAACUGAUUUUGUUUUUAUAAAAAAAAAAAAAAAAGAAAGAAAAAAAAGAAAACACUCAAGUGUGAAAUGCCUUAGGGUACCCCUGGAGGGAGUCAGUGUGGGCAGGUGGGAAAGUGGGGUGCCCCACCCCACCUACAGCAGAGUGGGGAAUGCAACUCUCUUUUCAGCACUGUUUGUGAGCCAGUCCCUACAGACUAGUAAUAAAAAAAAAUCUUUGGAUGUGGA